AAUGUAUCUGUUGGGCCUGUCCAACCACAGCGACGACCAUUAAGCCGUCUGUGGUCGUGCAUGGGCACUAGAACCGGGCCAGGUGACCGCCGCUUCUCGCCAUGGACGGCAUGGAGUUCUUCUUCGAGGAUUCUGGAGCUGGGCUCGUGCCGCGCUUGGACGGCGGUGACGUCCUACGAGAUUUAGUUGCCGGCGUGGACCUGCCUGGUGGCGGCACCAGUUGGAGUGCUGACGCUGACGAGGUCUUGUCUUCUUCUCUGCCGAUGGGGCUAGUCGGAGGACUGAAGGAUUAUGAAGGGCGCGAGGAUACGGGUGAAACAAUGCUCACUCGGAGGGGGCGCGGCUCGUCUGAUCUUGGCGGUGAAGGUGUGGGCGACUCCUGCGAGAUAGGCGAUACAGAAGUUGCAUCUAGCGCCGAGGAUAACGAUACAGUCGAAGAGGGCGUCGCAGUGUCAAACGCAAAUCAGUCUUGUUGGGCCAAGAGGGUUAGAGUUGGGAAAGUGGCUGAUGUGAGGGAGCCUAGCUCUUCGAGGAUGACUGCCCUUGAAGCUUCUGUCCGUGCAUUUGUCAAUAAAAAAUCUAGAAAUGUUGUCAAUCCGUCUAUUGGGACUAGCUUUGAUUCUGUCGAAGAGGGCUACGAGUUUUACAAUAUGUAUUCAUGGGAGGUCGGUUUUGGUGUCCGCUAUGCAAAAAGCCGUUUGAAUGUACACCAGAAAAAGUGCAUGCAAGAGAUAGUGUGUGCCUGUGCGGGUAAGCCAUUGCAGGCCAACAGUCGGUCAACGAGGUGUGGCUGCAAUGCCAUGAUAAGACUGCUGAGGUCGGAUGAUGGUGGAUGGUAUGUAUGUGAGCACAGGUCCGAGCACAACCAUGCUUUAUCUGUCAUUUGUGGAGAGAAAUUGCACUGGAAGUCGCACCGACACAUAGAUACCUAUACGAGGGACCUGGUUAAGCAGUUGAGAGAGAAUAAUAUCAGCAUUAGCAAGAUGUAUAGUGUUGUAGGGAGUUUUUUUGGCACGAUUAGGGACGUGCCAUUCACGAAACGGUCCUUAAAAACACUAUGUGGAAAACUGAACCAGGAACAGUCGCUAAAUGAUGCAACAAAAACCAUAGAUGUGUUCAACGACAUGCGGGCAGAGGACCCAGAAUUUAAAUACAGUGUCCAGGUGGACACCGAGGGCAGAAUUAAGACACUGAUGUGGGCGACUGGUAGAGGCAUUGAGCAGUUCAAGUGUUUCGGUGAUGUUGUGACAUUUGAUACGACCUAUAAGACAUUCCUGUACGACAUGCCAUUUGGCCUAUUUGUUGGUGUUAACAAUCAUUUCCAGAGUGUCAUUUUUGGAGGUGUACUGAUGAGUGAUGAGAAGGUGGAGACUUUCAAGUGGAUAUUCACAGAGUUCUUCCAAAUGCUAGCAGCGCCACAGCCUAAAACUAUCUUAACAGCUCGUUCGAUGGAAAUUGCAAUAGUUGACGUGAUGCCGUGGACUGUACAUCGUUGGUGCAAAUGGCAUGUACUGAAGAAAGCAAAGGAGAGCCUUGGAGCACUGCUUGCAAAGGGGAGUGAAUUCAAGCCAGAGCAGCAAACUAGUCCACCACGCAGUUAGUAUUGAUGAGUUCGAGAAUGGGUGGGCUUGCAUGUUGGAGAAAUAUGGGCUACAAAAAAAUGCAUUCCUGACCCAGCUGUAUGAGGUGAGGGGGAAGUGGGCAAAGCCAUAAUUUAUGGGUGUAUUCUGUGCGAAAAUGACAAGCACGCAACGAAGCGAGAGUGCAAACCACCUUCUGAAAGGAUAUGUGCCACUGGGGUGCCCCAUGCACUUGUUCAUCAGGCAAUAUGAGAAGAUGCAAUUUGACCGCGAUUCCGAAGAAAGUUACCAAGAGAAAAGGACAAAACUGGUGAGAUGCAAUUGGUCCCUAUAACAUAAGAAACAACU